AGCCAGAGAGCCCCUCGCUUCUCCUCCUCCCCUUCUCCCUUCUCCAUUUCCUUCCCCACCAAAUCCGCCACCGUGAUCCGCCACCAACCGCCGAUCAAUCCCCGGCCAUGGCCUCCACUUCCGCCGCCGCCUGCCCGUGGGACGCGCUCCCGGAGCACCUCCAUGAGCGCAUCCUCUCCCUCCUUCCGCUCACCGCGCUCAUCCCCGUCGCCGCCGUCUCCCGGCCACUCCGCCGCAUCCUUCUCUCCCCGGCCUUCCACGCCCUUCUCUCCGACCACCGCCUCGACGCCUUCUUCCUCCUCUCCCCGCGCCUCGCCUUUCACCCGCUCUCCCGCCGCCUCCUCCAGGUGCCCCUCUUCGAUGCAUCUCGAUCUUCUCCUCCCCCUCCCCUCGUGUCAUCCGCCUCCCCCUCCCUCAUCGUCACCGCCGCCUCGCUCCACCAUCUCCCGCCGCUCCCCGACCGCUCCUACCUCAUCGCCGUCAUCGCCUCCUCCUCCACCAGGCGGGAUUACUCGCUCGUCGCCGUCACCACCGGAGCCGCGGUCCGCUCCUACACCAUAAACUCCGCAGAUCCCUCCCCCCAGUGGGUGCCUCGGGGCGAGCUCGCGCUGCCAUUCGCGCUUCUUGGCAACGCCGCGGUUGCCAGCGACCGUGCUCGGCUCUUCGUGCUCGCCCGUGGCCCGGACGCUCUUCUGGUGCUCGAUCUCGUGACGGGUGAAUGGAUUGUGCCGCCGGUUGCCAUGCCCGACGGCCUUACCACAGCACACCUGUUUGUUCUUGAUGAUCGCCUGUUCUUGUUAGGUGGAGUGGAGAUCCUCGGGGUGCUGGAGCGGAUAGUGGUGUUUCAGUUGGACGACGGGGCGGCAGUGGGAGGAUGGCUGGAGGUAGCCACAAUGCCAACGGAGAUGUUCGAUGAGUUAGUGGCUGGCAGGCAUGGCAGCUUCUGGCACUUCCAGGCUGCAGACAGGAUGGGGAUUGUUUGCCUGUACAAUGCCGUGGAUGGGAGGCUGGUGAUGUUUGAUGCCGUGGACUGCGCGUGGACGAAGAUGCCACGGGUGUCUGGGUUGGACGCUGAGCAGAGCUGCCGGUGGUUUGGCCAUGUUUUGGAGCCAGACGUCGAACUUUUGCUGGGACAACGCCGCCGACGGAAUAACAACUGGUUCUGCUACGCUGCAACUAUCUCAAAGCAAACCACCGCUGCAUAUGGAAGGGCAAGUGGAAUAUAAGCCUGGUGAGUCCAAGGAUGGGCGGCUAUGUUUGGUUUGCGCAGUUAAACUUGCGCUUGUUGUUUGGUUCUGGAGACCCGACGAACGACAACGGUGUUGAUAGAUGGAUGCUGCAUAAGAAAUUUCAGCUGCAGGAUUGUGUGGAUGGAUAUGUCUAUUUGUCUACUUUCUGUGAGGUGCGUCCAAGUUCUUGUCAGUUCAUGUGCUUCUGCCUUGAAACAGAGGAGCUGGAUUACCUCUACAUUGUUACUUUGAUAUUUUCUAUCCAUACGUCAUGGUGUUCCCUCCUUCAUUGGUAUGCACUAAGGUGAGCCCUCAACCCACAGUGGCUUGACUAGAUGGAAGAACAGAACUUGAACUAGAGAAUGCUAUUUCUACUCUAUACAUUGUUUUCUCACUGUAGAAUAAACCACCAAGAUGUUCCAGUGCUGUUGCAAUGUUAGUCAUUUGUAUAAAUAGAAUAACUUUGUCAUGUAUCAUUAAUAGCCGAUGUGAUAAUGUUAUUUGUCACUGGAAAAAGGCUGAAGCUUACUUCUAUGCUUGGAAAAAGUAUUCUCUGGGGAAUAACAAUAUUUCCUGUGCUAAAUGGGAACUCACUUGGUUCCCAUUUACUCUUUCAGCAAGAUUUUUUAAGUUGUCUUGGAUC